AUGUUAGGAAACGUCCUUUCUCUCGACCUCAACGUAACAAAACUUAAAGAUGCUUUUCAAAGGUCAGUAUCUAAUACAUGUAUCUUUUGCGUUUUUCUCGUUGUAUGACUUCUAAUAAUCCAGUAUACCUCUUAUAUCCAGCGUCCUGUAACAUGUGUAGGAAAACCGCUUUCCACAACGUCUUAACUGAGCCAUUUCGAAGCGGCCACCAGUUCUGUUUCGAGUUGAGAUAGCUAUUUAAAACUCACCCUCGCUUCAGUUUGAGUAGUUGACAAGGUUAAUUAAUUUGAACUCAAUUUGUUCGUAUAUCGUCGCGACAAUUCGCCGGAAAAAUGUGCUGUUUAUCCUUUUCCCCAGGCUUUCGGACCUACUAUAGAGGGCGCUUGACAAAUGAACAUUUCGCAAUUCAAGAACGCCAAAGUAAACAUUAUCGGGAAAUUCAGAUAGGAAUUAAAAUGACUCUUUUUAGACAUUGGUAUUAAAGUCGCAUAACUUAAGCGCUGUAUAAAGCAUAAACGUUUGAAACUUAUCUUAAGAAAGUAUUGUAUAACCAUUACUUGAAAUAAAAAAUAAGCGGAUCCUUCCCCAAAACCCUUUUGUUAUUAUUGCUGCUGUGGUUCUUUCUACUAAGUAAACGGAAGAGUAACAAGUAAUCAACAUAAGAGAGAUUCAGACAUCUUUAUGCUUUAAGCGGACGUUGCGUAGGAAAAAAUACAUUUGGACGGUAGUUAAUUUGUCUGCAUAUACAAAUGAUGUUCUGAAAGAAUUGCUGAAGAUUUUAAUGUUUCUUUUCAGUCUAAAAAGAAACUACGGUCGCAUAUUCUCGAUGAAACUUGGAAGCUACAAGUUCGUUAUGGCUUCAACUCCUGAUGCUGUUAAAGAGGUGCUCAUAAAGAAGUCUGCUGAUUAUGCUGGGAGACAACAAGAACACGCUACAUUGGAAGGAUCCCUUGGUAGGUUCUAAGAAUUUGCGCGAAGCUAUUCUGAAUUAUUUCGUGUCGCAACACUCAGUACGCCUAGCAUUCUUUACCUCUACACUUAAUAAUAGCUAAAUUUCUCAUUCGUUUUGCACGAUUAAUCUUCAUUUACCCAAUCAAUAUGAAUAACAUGUUUAAUACAGUGUAACCUCUACUUUGGUACACCUGCAAAAUAUGGUCCCGGAAAAAUGUUCAUAUAAUCUUUGUAUUUGUUACCUCUGUUGAAGGUACACCUCUAUUCAGGGGACACUUUAGCACUCAAUAAGUGACUGACAAGUUUAAGUUUUCACUAGUCACAAAAAUCGUCGUACUACACUUGUGAGAAUUCAAAACAUAACAUUGCAAGGAUAUGUUAAUCAUGAGGUUUUUGUACAUUUUCAAUCUGUUUGAAAUAAUGCUUGCAGUAGAUCCCGAAGCAGAAUAAAAGAAAAUGUUUUAUUUGCUGGUUAAUUAUUAACAACCCUCCAUUCAGCGGACAACUCUAUUCAGGGGACCGCUGCCUUAGUCCGGCGGGUGUCCUGAAUAUAGGUUCCACUGUACGACCUUCUGUUUGGUCGUCACAAACGUUACCUGUUGCGUGUGUUGUGUGAUCACCCUAGAAAAAGUUGUUUUGGGGAUACAGGUAUUUUUAUGGCUGACCUUUGAGAAGGUCAAGAGGUGAUAUCAUUAUGAAAAUAGCAGAUGGUAAAUAGUUAGUUCUAUCAAUUGAAAUUACAUUUUGUAGUAAAUGGAAGGUACGCAUUUUGUAAUUGGGAUUGUAGUACAUGUAUUUUGUAAUAAUCUUUGGUCUGUGCAACAAUUUCCGCACGCAAAUUGUCAUAAUUCUACUUUUACCAAUAAAACCUACAAACAAAAGAGAUCACGAUCACUAGAUCACGGAGGGCCGUGGGUUCAAAUCCCAUCUGGGACUCGGAUUUUUUUUCCGAGUCCUCCUCAAAUUAAUAUCAUAUUGUUGUUGUUUCAUCUUUAAUAUACUCACUUUGGAGGUUGGUUGGCCGCAUCUUUGAUAUGCUUUAAGGUGACAGCGCGAUGCUGUUAGUGAGUUCUUCACUUCUUGUGUGCCUAUCAUUACUUGGCUGUGUAGCCGCGUGAUGCGGUUCCAGUCGAGACCCACAAAUUGGCCCUUGCUCACCAUAGAGUCUCCAGUAGCUCAAGUGGUUAGAGCAUCCGACUAGAUCACGGAGGGUCGUGGGUUCAAAUCCCAUCUGGGACUCGGAUUUUUUUUCCGAGUCCUCCUCAAAUUAAUAUCAUGUUGUUGUUGUUUCAUCUUUAAUAUAAACAAAAGAGAACCGGAAAAAGUGUUUUUUGAUUAGCGGUAAGGAGGCAUCAGUACAAUUAUAAGUUUCAAUGGACUGAGUCCAAUUAUCGAUCACCCGAAGAAUAGGAAAAACUCUCAAAGCGUAUUCUUUUGCUCAAGGUCUGUUUGCUAUUGUCUUUAUUUAAACGAUUUAGUGUUAGCACAAGCUCUGUUCUACCGAAUCGAUUGGCGAUUGUUUGCUUUAAUUAAGUCGAGAAAUACAAGGCCUACAGUUGUAGUUCAAAUGUCGAACUUUUCAUUUACAGAACUUAAUUCCUAUUGUAGGUCGACCCAAAUGAUGCAAGUUCGACGGUUGAUCCAGACGUUGAACUUAAUUAGUCAGACUCAAUUCGUUUUCACGAUGUACGAUAAUGUUAAAUGGUCUGCUUUGUUUGCCCGUAAAAAUAAACGAUCGGCACAUGAGAGGUUCGACGUUUGAAACGAAGUCGCUCCACAGUCGAAAUUCCGAUGUGGGCCACUCGAUUUUAAUUCAUGGGUCGAAGCAAAAUUGGGUAUGUUGGACUUAAUUGAUUCAAACCUCCAUCUCUUCAUGUGCUUAAUUGAAGGGUUAGGUGCGGUACGUGAAAAGUUCGAAAUUUGAGUUGGGCCUAAGUUUUGCAUUGCCACGAGUUGGGCAGUUGCACACAAUUUGAGCUCCAUUGUCAUUUGCAGGAUGUCUAAGUCAUCACAAACAUCGCAAGACAUGUUUUUUUUUUCCACGCUGACUAAAAACAGCGUCAUGAUAUUUUUUUGUAACCCUGAUAUUCUGCUUAUUUGCUGUUAAUUAAUGUAUUCCAGAAAAAAGCAACCUAGAUUUUAUUAUUCUGCUUUUGAAUUUCAGGAGGUAAAGAUAUUGUCUUUGGUAACUAUGGACCAGGCUGGAAGCUUCAUCGCAAACUCUUCAUCACAGCUCUUCGCCUUUACCUAUCGGAAAUCCCCCUGAUUGAAAGGCGCGUUAAUGCGCAAGCCGAAAAAUUGGUGCUGUUCAUGGAGAAGGAACAAGGACAACCCUUUGAUCCUUCAGAUUGCUUGAUGCGUGCUGUUGCCGAUGUCAUUUGUGGAAUCACUUUUGGAGAAGGUUACGACACAACCAAUCCAGAUUUGAACAAGCUUUUGAAACUAAACUCAGACAUAACAGCAAAUGUCGCUGAUGCGCAAUUGGCCAGAAUGCUAGAUUUUUUCCCCUUGGCAAAGUACAUGUCAUUCAAGGCUUACGAUAGUUUCCUUGCCCCGUUUCCUCAAAUACAUGACAUUAUCCGCAAAUUUCUGAAGGAACGGAAGGGGAAUUUUGAUCCAGCGCAACCUGUACGAGAUUUAAUCGCAGGUCUCCUUCACGCGAAGCUUGAAGCUGAAGGUGAGAGCAAUGAGGAUAGAACCGCCCUACUUACUGACGACUAUUUCAUCAACACGAUUGAAGACGUGUUUGCAGCAGGCUAUGAAACCACAAGCACCACAAUGAAAUGGGUGCUAGCAUUCUUGGUCAACUAUCCACAGUACCCAAAAGCCAUUCAGCGACAGUUGGAUGAAGUAAUUGGUGACCAGACUCCUUCUUUGGAACACCGGUCUCGUCUACCUCUCAUCCAAGCGACUGUUAUGGAAACCUUGCGAGUUGGAAACGUGGCGCCUCUUGCAGUUCCUCAUAUGGUGCUUGCUGAUACUACCCUUGUGGAUACAGAGUUCCUAAAGAUACCAUAG